CCAAAACACAAUCAAGAGCAUUCCAAUAUUUCAAUAAUCAAUCAGACGAUAACUAGAAAAAUCAAUCUCGCUACUACACCCAUCAAAUUUGAAAAUCAACAUUAUCAGCAAAGAUGCUUCUCGACGAGGAUCCAGCGACGCUCAUCCACCACACAAUCGGCAACUUCAACAUCCAACCCGACAAGCUCGCCGUCUCCCGCAUCAAUGAAUCCCUCUCCACCCUCCAACAAGCCCGCGACCUGCGCCUGCGCGAGACCGAGAACUCACUCAAGAAGCUCACAAGAACCUUAAACACCCUCCAAAACAACCACCAAGAAACCCUCCAAUCCCACUCCGCCACCGCGCACUCCUCCCGCAUCGCCGAGCUCGACACCCAGAAAUUCCGCGUCGCCAAGUCCUUCUCCUCCCUCGAGAUCGAGACCGACCACUUAUCCACCCAGCUCGCUGACCUAAAAGCACAGCUCCAGGAACUAGAACUCCAGGGCGUGGAUGGCGGGGAGGAGGCCAAGAGGAGCGAGGUCGAGGAUGAGGUGUUGUUGAAGUUGCGCGUUUAUAGGAGUUUGGGGAUUGAGGCGGAGAGAGAGGGUGGGGAGUGGAGUAGGGCGGUGGUGAGGGGGAGGGGAAAGGAAGGGAGAGGGGAAGUGCAGGUGGUUAAUGUGGAGAAGAAGUUCAGCAAGUUCUUUUAUGCGAAUUACUUCUGGCAGGCGCUGUAAGAGGGGAAGGAAGAAGAGGGAAGUGGUCAAGGGGGGAAUGGAAUACCAGGUGCGGCGGCGUCCGAUGGAGUUAUAGGGGCGCAAUUUGAGCUUUAAGGUGGCUAUUUAGAUAGUUGAAGACGGGGAUAGAUACGAUACCCAUGCUGCGCGAAAGUGUUCGUAGGGGUUGUGCAUAGUAAUGAAAAAAAUGAUGUUCA